AUGGUCUCGACACGCCAUCACCCGAGCGACUUCCCACCCCCGACCCCCAAAUCUUCAACCCCGUCGUCGGCAACCUCCGAACCAAGCGGCGCCGCCUCCAGGAGAUGGGUGCACACGCCCACGACAAUCACCACGCUCUGGCUGCUGAUCUCGUGCCCGCUUGUCCUCUGGGACGCCGGCUACUGUCUCCUGCGCCCGCACAGCAUGCCCGGCGGGAAAUACCACUCGUUCUGGUCCGGCUAUAAGUGGUACGGCACCGUCGACUACAUCUACGGGUGGCCGGCGUUCAAUGCGAAGAACGGAUUCACAAAUGCGCAGUCUAUUCUGAACCUGGUCGAGACCGCGGGGUACCUGUACUAUCUGUACGUUGUAUACAGGCACGGAACGCCUGCGGCUGGAUCGAAGGGCUCGCGCGAGACGCAGGGGGGAAUCUCAUGGCUUCUGGCUACGGAUAAGGUCGUCUCGGGGCGGACGGGGUCCACGGCGUUGCUCGCGGCGUUUAGUUCGUCUGUGAGCACGGUUUCAAAGACGGUGCUUUACUGGCUGCAAGAAUACUUCAGUAACUUUGAGAACAUCGGCCACAAUGGGUUCUGGCCUCUCACUGCUUGGAUUCUGCUCAAUGGCGCUUGGAUUGUCGUCCCUAUUUGGAAUCUGCAUGUUUUAGGGGAGGAGAUUGUGUCUUCGCUUGCUAAUGGCAGUGGUCCCCGUCAACGCGGUCGUCCUAAGGCGCAGUAG